ACAGGUGUGUGAACUCGCCACUAAUGUUGUUUUCAUGACGAAAGGCGAAAUUAAUUCCUAUCAGUUGCACAAAACACCGAAAGCACAAGAUGAUCAAAGCGAUUCUGAUUUUUAAUAACCACGGGAAACCGCGACUCAUUCGAUUCUAUCAGUAUUUUGCAGAAGACAUGCAGCAGCAGAUUAUCAGAGAGACCUUUCACUUGGUGUCUAAGAGAGAUGAUAAUGUCUGCAACUUCCUUGAAGGUGGCAGUCUGAUUGGUGGAUCGGACUACAAACUGAUCUACAGACAUUACGCCACGCUGUACUUUGUGUUUUGUGUCGAUUCAUCUGAGAGUGAACUCGGCAUUCUGGACCUCAUUCAGGUAUUUGUGGAGACUCUGGAUAAAUGCUUUGAGAAUGUAUGUGAACUCGACCUGAUCUUCCACAUGGAUAAAGUGCACUAUAUCCUGCAGGAGGUGGUGAUGGGGGGGAUGGUCCUUGAGACCAACAUGAAUGAAAUUGUUGCUCAGGUUGAACUUCAGAACCGAAUGGAGAAGUCUGAGGGUGGACUGUCCGCCGCUCCAGCUCGCGCCGUCUCGGCAGUGAAAAACAUGAACCUUCCAGAAAUCCCUCGUAACAUCAACAUCGGAGACAUUAACAUCAAAGUGCCGAGCCUGUCUCCGUUCUGAGAGCAACAUCGUUCUUCUCAUUAACACUGGAAUCUUUUCCCAUUAACUCACUUCUCUUUUUGCUGAGACUGAAUUUCAUUUAGGGGCCAAAAUCCACUCUGAAUCCACGAGUGACUGAUUUCCUCAUGAAAUAAACUGUGUGUGUCUGUGUUUGUGUAUGUGACUGUGUAUGUGUGUGAGUGAGUGUGUGAGAGAGUGUGUGUGUUUGCGUGAGUGUAUGUGAGUGUGUGUGUGUGUGUGUGUGUGUGAGAGAGAGUGUGUGUAUGACUGUGUAAGUGUGUGAGAGUGUGUGAGAGUGUGUGUAUGACUAAGUGUGUGAGGUGUGUGUGUGAGUGUGUGUGUGUGUGUGUGUGUGAGAGUGUGUGUAUGACUGUGUAAGUGUGUGAGGUGUGUGUGUGAGUGUGUGUGUGUGUGUGUGAGAGUGUGUGUAUGACUGUGUAAGUGUGUGAGGUGUGUGUGUGAGUGUGUGUGUGAGAGUGUGUGUAUGACUGUGUAAGUGUGUGAGGUGUGUGUGUGAGUGUGUGUGUGUAUGACAGUGUGUGAGGUGUGUGUGUGAGUGUGUGUGUGUGUGUGUGAGAGUGUGUGUAUGACUGUGUAAGUGUGUGAGGUGUGUGUGUGAGUGUGUGUGUGAGAGUGUGUGUAUGACUGUGUAAGUGUGUGAGUGUGUGUGUGAGAGUGUGUGUAUGACUGUAAGUGUGUGAGGUGUGUGUGUGUGUGAGUGUGUGUAUGACAGUGUGUGAGGUGUGUGUGUGAGUGUGUGUGUGUGUGUGUGAGAGUGUGUGUAUGACUGUGUAAGUGUGUGAGGUGUGUGUGUGAGUGUGUGUGUGAGAGUGUGUGUAUGACUGUGUAAGUGUGUGAGGUGUGUGUGUGAGUGUGUGUGUGAGAGUGUGUGAGAGUGUGUGUAUGACUGUAAGUGUGUGAGGUGUGUGUGAGGUGUGUGUGUGAGUGUGUGUGAGUGUGUGUGUAUGACUGUGUAAGUGUGUGAGGUGUGUGUGUGAGUGUGUGUGUGAGAGUGUGUGAGAGUGUGUGUAUGACUGUAAGUGUGUGAGGUGUGUGUGUGAGUGUGUGUGUGAGAGUGUGUGUAUGACUGUGUAAGUGUGUGAGGUGUGUGUGUGAGUGUGUGUGUGAGAGUGUGUGAGAGUGUGUGUAUGACUGUAAGUGUGUGAGGUGUGUGUGUGAGUGUGUGUAUGACUGUGUAAGUGUGUGUGAGUGUGUGUGUGUGUGUGUGUGUGUUAUUUAGAGUUCAUUUUGUGAUUAUUUGUGUAGCUUCAUCCAAAAUAUGGAGAAAGUCUAAUAAAAAGAUGAACCUGA